UGAAAGCCCUGUCAAGACAGUUGUUCUAAAGAAUGUUGUUCCGUACAUAUGUGUUGGAUUUAUGUGUGAUUGGAUGCCUGUCCGUCGUCCAUUUCUAUCGCGAGGUGUAUCUGUUCAACGUUUGGUUGGUAUUGGAAUGGAUCCUCGGGCCUCAGAAGUUCAUUGGAUUCUUUUUCAAUCGGAAAACAUUUUAGAAGAAUGGAUCAAUGCCAUUAUUUCAACUUUACCUCCACCACCAAAGCCAAUUGGUUGGUGUGUAAAUCCGCCAGCCGGUGCUGGUAAUGCACUCCAAGUCUCUCUUCGAGCUUACGGGUUUGGUCGCCAUUUUGCCACACGUGGAGGGAGGGGAAGGGGUAAUGGAAGAAGAUAUAGUGGUGGCGGAAACGAUGAUAAUGGUGGAGGGAAUACUUGGGAUUAUGAUGGUGGAGAUUAUGGUGGUGGUGGAUGUGAUAGUGGUUGGGGUGGAGGUUUUGAUAGUGGUGGCGGUGGAUGUGAUAGUGGUGGAGGUGGUUGUGAUAGCGGUGGUGGCGGUGGCUGUGAUAGCGGUGGUGGCGGUGGCUGUGAUAGCGGUGGUGGCGGUGGCGGUGGAGAUUGAUGAAUAUUAUCAUUUGAGACGAGAUAAAACAUUUACAAAAAAGAAUAUCGUUAUGGUACUAUACUCCUACUCAUUUAUUAGGGCGAUAAAAAGGUUCUACUGUAUGUCAAAAAUUUAAUCACAAUAAUUAUUUAAAUCAUUAUUCUAUACUAUAUUAUCAAGUAAUUGAAUCGGCAUUCUUAAUUGAUAAAAAUACAUAUUUCAAAAGAAAAUUUGGGAGGUUAUAAGUAUGGUGUUCAUGGAGGGUAUAAGCGUAUGUGUUGAUAGAGUGGAUCUAAUUACUUCGAAUUUCCACAUAUACAUUAAGGCCGGGUUCGAACCUAAUAUCCAGAAAAGUUCCAAACCAGUUCCAGACCUCUACCGGUUCCAACGUUCCAGUUCCAAACCGGUUCCAGAUCAUUACCGGUUCCAGUUCCGGAACUGGAACUCUCGCAUCACUGCCUCUAACUUUUUACGUAUCUUCUUCUGCGACAUUUUUGCAUAGUCAACUCG